CCAAACGCCUUUGUAAAGAACGAUGAUCACGUGAAGCAGGUGCCUUUGGUUUUCGUCAUAAUGUCUGGCAAAAAACGGCUAGAUUACAAAGCGGUCCUCGAUGCUGUAACAUCCAUCCUCCCUUCUCCCCCGAGAGUCACCAAGGUAAAGCUAGACUUCGAAAAAGCUCUUUGGAGUGCACUCCGCCAGACCCUCCCAUGCGGUCAGCUUAAAGGGUGUUCAUUCCACUGGACACAAGCCCUCUGGAGAAAGGUACAAGGGCUUGAACUCCAGGAUGCUUACAGAAAUGACCGUGGCACCCACCAGCUAAUAAAGCAACUGAUGGCUUUAUUGUACCUCCCUGCUGACAAGAUCGAACGCAGAUUCCGUCGACUCCAGCAGCAAGCAACUGUCAGACCCUUGCAGGAAUUCUGCAGUUACGUAGAUGAAAACUGGAUAACCAGUCAGACCUUCCCGCCACAGACCUGGAGCGUGUUCCUGGAAGCGGUCAGAACGAAUAACGACCUAGAGGGUUGGCACAAUGGCCUUAACCGGCGCGCCAAAGGACGAUCACAGCUCCCCCUGUACAUCCUGAUCCAGGUACUUCACCGGGAAGCUACAUUAGCCAACAUACAGAUCCGUCUGGUUUCAGACAAAAAGCUGAAGAGACAUCAGCGGUCAACCUACCGAACAAUCCUGAGAAGACUCUUCGACCUCUGGAUUCAAUAUCAAGACGGCCAAAGGAACUCAAAAGAACUUCCGGAGGCCUGUGCUCACCUCGUGCAACCCAUGUAA